AGACUUUUCAGCGCAGGGCAGUAGACCUGUCUCACGUCGUGCCAUGGCAGAUGUUGGCGCGCCAGCCGUGCGCCAGGCAGAUGGCAAGGAUGGAGACGACCAGGUCGAGACCGACGACGCGGACCCCGUGGCGGGUCCGCGGGACCCGGGCGAGGUCGGCAUAGCGUUGGAGGUCGAGACACCACGCCCCAAGAUGACGAAGGCACUUUCGGAGCGCACCUCCUAUACCCGGCGCUCAGUCGUGACGAAUGAGUUUCGGGUGAAUAUGGUGAAUGUACAUGCAGAUUUUCACAAGGUCGACAAGGUCGUUGAACCUCGAUUUGGCGGCUGGAGGGACCAGGUCCACUACGUGCUAGAGAGUCAUCGCAUGGUGAAUCUGAUGACUUUGACCAUUUUGGUGGAUGCCAUAUGCGCUUUGAUCGCCACAGAUGCGCGGGCCAUGCACGUUCAUCCACCGCUCUACAUCGAUUUCCUCUCGGAAGCGUGCUUAGGGGUUUACACCCUGGAGUUGGUCGCAAUCUUUGCCCUGCAUGGCAAGAAAGCCCUAGAAAGUAGAGCCGUGCUCUUCGAUAUCUUCACCAUUUCUUGUAGCUACUUGGAUUGCAUCUUCCAGCUGUUCGACGCUUUCGGCCACACCUUGCCUCACGAAUUCCUUUUUCUCCGCGACUUGCGGCUGUUGCGCGUGAUCCGGGUGAUGCGCGUGGCGCGCAUCAUCCAGCGGAUGCAGUCCUUGAAGGAGCUCCGGAAACUGGUGUCAAUGAUGGCAACCUGCAUGAAGACCCUAGGUUGGUCCUUUGCCUUUUGCUUCGCCUUCAUGACCUUUUGGGCCAUGAUGCUGGUUGAAUUCGUACACCCCUUGCUGGUGCAGAUGCAGCAGGAUAAGAUCUUGGACUGUCCAGACUGUGUGAAGUCCACUUCGUCCAUUAUGGAUGCAAACCUCUUGUUGUUCAAGACGGUCAUUGCUGGCGACGCGUGGGGACGGGUUGCUGUGCCCGUGAUCGAGUAUGUCCCACUAACGGCGAUCGUGUUCUGCGGCUCGCUCAUGACCACCGUGUUCGGAGUUUUGAACAUGGUCAUUGCAGUUGUAGUGGAUUCUUUCGCGGAAACUCGCCAGAAGGAUGUGCUGAACCUGGCGCAAGAGCUGGAGUAUGAGCAUGAGAAAGACAAGAAGAGGGUGGAGAAUAUGUUCAACCGUUUGGACGUCGAGGACAAAGGUGAUUUGACCUUGCAAGAUUUGGUGAAGGGAGCUCAGACCGAUCCAGAGUUUCAGUCUCGCCUGCGGGUCAUGGAUAUCGACCAAGCGGACUUGCAGCAACUCUUUGAAAUGAUUGACGCGGAUGGUUCGGGAGCCAUCAGCAAGGAGGAGUUCAUCCGGCCACUCACGCGGUGGAUCCACGAGUCCAAGACGGCGCCACGCUUUGUGAAGUACAACGUGGAUCGCAGCUUGCAGGCUCAGGCACGCUGGCCGCCGUUGGCCCUUUUCUUAAAUCACCACUUAGACUCAGUGAAACGAAGUUGAUGGCACCUUUUUCACCCCGUCCGUCACGAUGUCUUGAAGAGAUGGGGGGUGCCAUCUAAUCUACUCCAAAACCGUAUUUGUAUUUUUUCAUAUUUGUUCAAUGAUCACGGCGAAUGUAUGAAAAAUCCAUGCGCCCAAACAAUGGUCCUUGAGUAGGAGAUUGUUCCAGAUGUUGGCAUGAGACGGUGGUGUUUCUGGUGGGGUGGGUUUGUUGCUGGGCCCGUGGUAACAUUUGGGCUGUUCUCACAUGUUCUCCCAGGGACAAGGUUGUCGACAGAUGUGGGACAGCCUUAAUUAAACGAAUGACGGUUGGAGCAGGAUUUGGAGAGGUGCAGCUUACCAGGCUUAGUACAGCUUCCCAGGCCCCCACUGCUCACUUGGCCGAUUUGCUUGGGGUGAAGGGAUCCUUGGGUCCGGGUGGACCACGAGGAGCCCACAGACCUGUUGUGCCAUACCCAGCUCACAAGAUGAGCUGUGGUUCAUUGUUCCAGUGCAUCUAAGUGGUCCGUUAGCUUUGAAUGAGAAAUGAACGCACUACCAUUCCAAGCCAGUGUUUACCUCUUGGAGGGAACUCUUCCGGGACAAGAACGCCACAGUUGUUGAGGGUAUAUAGAACACAACCCGAUGUGCCCGUGAAAGGAAGAGAUCUUGAAGCAAAGCCAGGAGCAGUGUCUCAGACUUUCAUUUGUUGAGCAACGAUUUGCUGAGCAACUGUUUGCACGGCAGUUUUGUUGCAGCAAAGCGAGAGCCCCAUGACAUAGUGGUUCCCACAUUGUUCCCUCCUCAAUUCGGCUGAAUUGUCGAUCAUUUGCAGGUCUUUGCCUUUGCAGCUUUAAUAUUCAACUUUGCUCCUCAGUUCGUUUAGAAUCUUAGAGCAUCCUGAGGUUCUGCAUCUUGGCCUCUCGCUUGGAUGAGCUGUGCCAGGAGUUAUUGCCCAAGACCAACCUUGUAGAUUGGCAAUCCUCCAUUCAGUUGGCCCCGGACUACAUCCCUCGCAGUAUCAUGGCGCCACCCAAAACACUGAGCAGGGCAGCGAAUCCUCUCGAGGCAGCGAAUCCUCUCGAGGUGUUGGAAGCCUCCAUGGAGGAUGUGGAACAGCCUAAGGAUUCCAUGAGUCCGACACUUGAAAGACCUUUUUUGUGGAACGGUGACCACCGGCCUGGUGAAUUCGGACGGGAAUGGUGCUGAAGGCCUGACCCUUUGGCUCCAUGAAUAGUUCCAAUAGACAUUCACAUGUCGUGUUUUGGAACGGCAUCCGCGAGGCCCCAAGGGGGUGUGAAAUGAACGGAGCUCUUGACGCCCACUGGGUGCUGGCACAUCCGAUCCCGGUCGAAGGGAGCCUGGAAGCAUUCUGAUUUGAUUGACGACGUGACACGUGGCUUACCGCAGUGCAAUGCCCAUUUUCUGUGAAUCCUCCACAUAUACCAGGUACUGUAUCGAGACCUGAAUACACCUGGUAGAGAUGGUGAGAAAAGCCAAGUCUGCAAAUAUGUUUUGCCGGUUGGCAGGGCGUAUUUGCUUCGCGAGGGAUGCAUGUGUUGGAAUUGAGUUUAUGUGUGCUGGUUGCUAUACCAGAGUUUUGUCAUCUCUGGGUGUUUGCUGUUUCAUGCUGCCUUACUUUGGAUACCUGCUACUGAAAGCUGUGACACACCCCACACACACAUGCACGGUGGGCAACCGAAACCCUA